AUCCCUAAGCGGGUUAACUCUUGUUAGUCAGCUGAUCAUGACGAUAUUUUACUUUACCUUCGAAGGGAUAGAUAUUGUUAGAUAUAGUCUAGUAUAAAUUCUAGUCUAUAGAUUAUAAUUUAUUUCAGAUCUGAAUAGACCUACUUGACAUCUUAAAGAUGGCAUACAGUAAUGCCAGGCGUACUGAUAACUUGGAUCAUCUUCAAAAUGAAGUUAGUGAAGUAACCUCAUUAUUAAAAGACAAUGUGGAAAAAGUGUUGCAGAGAGGGGAGAGAAUUGAUACUCUCCAGUCCAGAUCAGAGGAUCUAGAAAAUAAUUCCACACAAUUUAAGAGAGCAGCUGUGCAGAUUAAAAAGAAAAUGUGGUGGAAGAACUGCAAAAUGGCAUGCAUUUUGGGAAGUGUAAUCUUUCUGAUCAUUGCUAUUAUAAUUAUUGUCAUUCUUGUGGAAACCAAACCUUGGGAAUCUUCAGGAGGGCAUAGUGGAAAUGGUUCCCAUGUUGAACAUCUACCAUCUACAAUUAGACCACCAAUCUCUUUUCAACAUAACUGAGGUGACAUCUUGUGUAUAGUGAACAGGACAAUAAGUUUUAUCUUUUGCAGCAGCACACACUGGCAACAAGAUUGCAUGUAGAAAUCCUCAUGAUGAUAUUUUGAUCACAAGUGCCAUUGGAUCUAUGCUUUUGUUCUUUGGAUGAACUUGAAAUGUUGAUGGAUGUAAGUUUCUGAAAAUGGUGUCUUUCUCUUUUUUUUUUUUUUUUCAUGUGCUCUUUUUAAGCUAAUUAUAAUAAUUAUACACCUUUGGCAUAUUAUUCACUGUAUAGAUGUGUAUAAAGUACCAGUCCAUAACACACAAAUCAUUACAUAGUCAUUUCAAAUAUUUUAUAAUUUAUGUUAUACCCAUAUUUGAUUAUAUUUUACUUGUAGAAAAAGAGUUGAAAAGUACUAAAUACUUGAUGCCUUCAAUGAGGAAAUCAUUAAAAACAAACAAAUGUUUUGUCUUCUUCAAGUAAUUUAUGUACUAGACUAAAGUUGGUUUCAUUAGAGAUUGAAAAUUGUUUAAACAAGUUUAUCUGAAAUGUAUCAAAAUGUAAAUUGACUUUGUUAUAUGUGUGUACCUAUUGUUGAUAUAAAUAUUUUUUUUUUGACAGACAAUUGACAUUAGAGUUUGUAUGUGAUAGAAACCUACAUCUCUAGUACUAUAGUAUGUUCUUUAGUCAAUACAUAGAAGAAAGCCUUACAAAUCUAUACAAACCACAUCACAACCACAUCACACUUACAUUUUUGUUUGACACAUUUGGAUUAUGUGUAUUUGUUUCCUUCAAUCGACAUUAUUUGGGAAUAAUGUAUAUAAUAUAUAGAAUGGACUUUAUGUAAUAUACAUGCCUAUUUACAUUUUCUGCAAACUGUUUGUCUAUAUUUUUACAGGCUCAAAUCAAAUACAUUUUCUUGUUUUUAGUCCUGACUAAAUGUCUGAACUGGUGGAUGUAUUCUGAAAUAGUUUUCCUAGGCCUUAUUUAAUUUCUUCUAAGGUGAAUUUGGAGACUCAAAGACAUGUAUGAUUGCUUUGGUCCCUGCUUUAAUUCUAGCAUGACAUGGUAUCUUGAAUUAGGCUUUGAGACUUUGAAAAAUUUAUUAUGUUUAUAUUAAUAUGAGUGAUACAUUAGACACAAAGCUCAGAGUUGACAAAACAGUUUAAUGCUAACACAGUAUGCCUAGAAAGAAAAAAACAACUAGGAUGAAGCCUCAUUUACCCAGAUGCUCAAUGGACCUUUUUUUUUUUUUAAAUAUUAUAUAAUGGUAUAGCCCUGACAUGAGGUCUGUAUCCCUGGACAACCCUUUCAUAGCCAGUUGUGUCCAUAUCUGCAUUUUUUAUAUAAUUGAAUUCAUUCCUGUGUGUGCAAGUGGAUGUAACAAACUUGAUGAAAUUUGAUGAUAAUGUGAUAAACUUUUAUUUUGACAUCAAACUCAUUGUUUCAGUUUGUGUUAGUAAAAAUUGUUUACAUUUGUAAAUGUCUCUGCAAAUUUACCAUUGUACAAAUAGCAUAUGCAAGCCAAUAUCAACCCAAAAUGAUUUUUAAAUCUCCCCAUGUUUCAUUGACACAUCUUUUUUUUUUUAUUCUUUAAAAAGAAUAAAUGUUUAAUUUAUAUUUCUA